GACGUCAAUCCGCCAAACAAGUUAUAUUAGAAAGUUUUGAAUUCGUUACGAUAAUGGAACCCGAGCUCAUCAACGUUUUUCGUAUAUAUUUGGCAUUGGCAACCGUAUCACAGUUUGCAUACGCCUCUUCAUCAAAUUUAGUCACUCCGAACAGGAUCAAGCGUCAGAAUAGUAUUUGUUUAAAUCAUACCGCUGGCGAAUUCGACAGAAAUCCAGAUGACUGUCGUUCAUUUUAUUUGUGUUUGGAAAACGGACAGGCGGUGAUGGCACCCUGUCCGCCAACAAUGCUGUUCAAUCCGAUCAGCAAGCUCUGCGACACCGCCGACAACGUAAAUUGUGAGAUCGAUAUAUCCAGCAAUGGCAACAAUGAAAACACCAGUAGUAAUAACAAUAAUAAUAAUGGAAAUACAGGCAACAACAAUAACAAUAACAAUGAAAAUGAAAAUGAACUGCUAAAUGCUUCACGAUACUGUGCUUCACAACCACUCGAUCAAAACCGUAUAGUCUUCUUAGGCAGCAGUAGCAAUUGCCAACAAUACUUCAUAUGCUACUAUGGGCAAGCGGUGUUGCAAGAAUGUAGCGCCAAUCUCCAUUGGAAUGCGAAUACAGCCAAAUGCGACAUGCCCGAAAGUGCAGGUUGCCCAUUUCGGACUCCUGAUACCGUUGCAAGUACAAUUGGCUCAACAAAUGGAAAUGGAGGCACUGACAACAGCGCCGACGGAUCAGCGAGUAGUGAUGGUGGCGAACUCAUUGAUUGCCCAAUCUAUGGGCAACAUGUAUUUCCACACAUGCUGCGUUGCGAUUAUUUUAUUUACUGUGUUAAAGGACAUGCCAUCCUACAGCAGUGUCCCUUCUACUACCACUUCGAUAUCGUGACGAAAAGUUGCAAAUUGCGCACAGCAGCCAUCUGCGUGCGAGAUUUAAAUAUUAACUUCCGCCAACUAAUAGCAAAAUUGAUUGUAGUAAUGCUCCUUGUAUAUAUUGUUACCAUACUAACGGCAACAAUUGGAUGUAAUGGAAUCAGACACGAUAAUUUAACAAAUUUUGAUACGCGCGAGAAUUCUUAUUUAGUUGAAUGUGAUAACAAACCCUAUGGUUACAAGUUCCCUGAUCUAACCGAUUGUUUUGGAUAUUUUAUAUGUCAUGGCGACAUGAUCAUUCAACAAUAUUGCCCGCUUGGUGAGCGGUUCAAUGCUUCGCUGCAAAGCUGCCAGCUUGGAAAAUGCCCACCCUGUAGUUGUGAAAAUUGCGCCGGCGGAAAUGAUAGCGAUGGUAUUGAUUGCAAUGUAGCUCCAAAUGGUGCUCGUUUUGGGGAUGUCACACAUUGCCGAUAUUUCUGGCAAUGCGUGAACGGACGUGCGGUCCGACUCUUUUGCGAACGAGGAAUGUGGUACGACCGCGUCAGAUAUGUUUGUAAUUUUCCGGCGCUUGUAAAUAACUGUCCCGCCAAUCGAGACUAG